ACUUUCUUGAUCACAUCGCUGCUCUCUUUUUUACGAAAUAAGCCAUACAGUUCCUUUCUUACCUUCUCACUAACUUUCUUCAAAUCAUACUCAAUAUAUUAAUCUCAUCAUGCCUGCAGAAGCUAUGGAUAUGGAUCAGAUUGAAAGUCCUUUGUCUGCUGAACAAAUCAAGACACAGGCAAACCAGGAAUAUAAAGUUGGCAACUAUGCAGCAGCCGUAGAUCUCUACAGUCAGUCAAUCAAGAUAGAGCCAUCAAAUGCAACUUAUUACGGAAACCGAUCGGCAGCGCUCAUGAUGAUCAAAAAGUACAGCGAUGCAUAUAAAGACUGUCAAACUGCUAUCCAGUUAGACCCGACUUUUGUUAAGUGUCAAUUACAACUCGGAAAUGUCAAUGAAUCCAUCAGGUUGUACACCAAGGUACUAGAGAUGGAGCCCAAUAACGCCCAGGCGAUCAAAGAGCGGACUCAAGUUAGCCAUGUGCAAGCACAGAUCGAUCAGAUUCAAAUGUACAUGAGCAAUAAACAGUUUGGUCUUGGUGCCAACGCUUGUGAUCGUCUCAUUGGCAUGGUCGAUGCUGCACCCAGAAGAUGGAUGAUCUGGAAAGGAGAGUGUCUUAUUGGCAAGAAGGACUUCAACGGCGCUAGUUCUGUGGCCAUGGAUCUUCUCCGUCAGGAUUCUCAAAACUCUGAUGCCAUCUAUCUACGAGCUCAGGUUCUUUACAGCCAAGGCGAGAAUACCAAGGCUGUUACACAUUGCGCAGAAGCUCUGCGGUGCGACCCUGAUUGCUCAAAGGCUCGUGUCCUCAUGAAAAAGGCCAAGAACCUGGAGGCGCAAAAGACUGCUGGUAACGAUGCAUUCAAAGCAGGUAAACUUCAAGAAGCCUAUGAUCUGUAUACCGCAGCAUUAGCCAUUGAUCCCGAAAAUGAGAGUACGAACAGCAAACUUUAUUCGAACCGAGCCACGGUGUUGUCCAAGUUGGGACGGUAUGAAGAAGCUGUUCAGGACUGCGAUGCAAGUCUGAAGCUAGACUCAGGAUUUGUCAAAGUUCUGCGUAAGCGUGCAGAGUGUCAACUCAAGUUAGAAAAGUACGAGGAGGCUGUUCGGGAUCUCAAGGCUGCGCUUGAAUUUGACAAGAGUAAUAGGGAUGUUCGUCGCGAGCUGCAGGCAGCAGAGCUUGAACUGAAGAAGUCAUUGCGCAAGGAUUAUUACAAGAUCUUGGGUGUCUCCAAAGACGCUGGUGAAAGCGAGAUUAAAAAGGCAUACCGGAGGCAAGCCUUGUUAUACCAUCCAGACAAGAAUGAUGGAGAUCCAGUUGCAGAGGCCAAGUUUAAGGAUGUUGGAGAGGCUUAUGCCGUGCUAAGUGACCCAUCGAAAAAGCAUCGAUAUGAUAAUGGCAUGGAUGUCGACGGUAGUAGUGGUAUGGAUGACUUUGGAGGUGGUGAUGUUAAUUCGAUGUUCUAUCAGAUGUUCAUGAACCAACAGGGUAUGGGUGGGGGAUCACCUUUUGGUGGUACAUUCAAUGGCGGUGGAUUUGGUGGAUCACCAUUCGGACAUAGCCAUGGCGGCCGUGGGCAACAUAGUUUCCAUUUCGACUAAACAAAUACAUUUAUGAUUGCCAUCCAUCAAAACCAUGAGCUUGACAUUAAAAUUAUUU